AAAAAUCUGAGACGCGCUGUAAUCCUCAGCAGCAGAGCCGGAUCCGCUUCAGACCACAUCCCAGCAGACUGAACCGACAGGUGAGCAGCCGGACGACAUCAUGCCUUUCGGAAACACCCACAACAAGCUGAAGAUGAACUACUCGGCGGAGCAGGAGUACCCCGACCUCAGCCAGCACAACAACCACAUGGCCAAGGUGCUCACGCCCGAAAUGUACGCCAACCUGCGGGACAAGGAGACGCCCAGCGGGUUCACCCUGGACGACGUCAUCCAGACCGGUGUUGACAACCCAGGUCACCCGUUCAUCAUGACGGUGGGCUGCGUCGCAGGAGACGAGGAGACGUACGAGGUGUUCAAAGAGCUGUUGGACCCGGUGAUUGAAGACCGCCACGGAGGAUACAAACCAUCAGACAAACACAAGACGGACCUGAACGCCGAAAACCUGCAGGGUGGUGACGAUCUGGAUCCAAACUACGUUCUGAGCUCUCGGGUUCGAACAGGACGGAGCAUCCGCGGCUUCUGCCUGCCGCCGCACUGCAGCCGCGGAGAACGCCGCGCCAUCGAGAACCUCUCCAUCGAAAGUCUGGACGUCCUGGAUGGGGACCUGAAGGGGAAGUACUACGCCCUGAAGAACAUGACGGAGGAGGAGCAGCAGCAGCUGAUCGAUGACCACUUCCUGUUCGACAAGCCCGUCUCCCCGCUGCUGCUGGCGUCCGGCAUGGCCCGCGACUGGCCCGACGGCCGCGGCAUCUGGCACAACGACAACAAGACCUUCCUGGUGUGGGUGAACGAGGAGGAUCACCUGCGCGUCAUCAGCAUGCAGAAAGGAGGCAACAUGAAGGAGGUGUUCAACCGCUUCUGCACCGGACUCACCAAGAUCGAGAACCUGUUUAAGGAGCGAGGUCACGAGUUCAUGUGGAAUGAGCACCUGGGCUACGUCCUCACCUGUCCGUCUAACCUGGGGACGGGACUCAGAGCCGGCGUCCACGUCAAGCUGCCCAACGUCAGCAAGCAUGAGAAGUUUGGCGAGAUCCUGAAGAGGCUGCGGCUGCAGAAGAGAGGAACAGGUGGUGUGGACACGGCGGCGGUGGGCGGAGUCUUUGACAUCUCCAACGCGGACCGCCUGGGCUUCUCGGAGGUGGAGCUGGUGCAGAUGGUGGUGGACGGGGUCAACCUGCUGGUGGACAUGGAGAAGCGUCUGGAGAGCGGCGAGGACAUCGACGACCUGAUGCCCGAGCAGAAGUGAACCAUGUCACUGUAACCUCUGACCCCUCACCUGCCCUGCCCUCACUAACACCCCCCCCCCCCCCCACUGUAGUCAAUCAGAAACCGUCCUGAAGACGCUUAGAGCCGCUCAGUUAGACCUCAGUCUUCCGACAUGUGAAGGACUUCUUGUUUCCUGUCUCCACCUGUUGGACCAUCUAACACUUGUAACACCUAAUAAAGUCUGUGACUGAACACCUGCA